AUGACGGCUCCAACCGUGCAAUGCCUGAAAAGGCUGCAGAUUGAGCUGCGCAAGCUCAACAUGGAGUGGGAGCUGCCGUUCAAAGUGGGUGCCGAUCCGCAGAACAUGCUGCGCUGCUACUUUGUCAUGGAUGGGCCUGCCGACACCCCAUACGAGGGUGGCCGCUAUGUGGGGCUCAUCGAAAUUCCGUCCGACUACCCGUUCAAGCCACCAAGCGUGCAGAUGUGCACCCCAAGCGGGAGGCUCAAGACAGGCAUGCAGAUUUGCCUGUCCAACAGCUCUUACCACCCCGAGAACUGGUCGCCGAUGUGGGGGCUCCGCACUAUCCUUAUCGCACUCGUCUCCUUCUUUGUUUCGGAGGAGCCGACGACAGGCUCGAUGAGUGCCACCGCCGAGGAGCGACGCAGGUAUGCGGCGAACAGCAGGAAAUACAAUGUAAAGCGGCUUCAUGCGGUGUACAAGCGGGUGCUUCCCGAGGCGUUUGCAGCAGAUACGGCUUUCAUUGAAAAUGGUGGCACCUCUCCGAAGGAUGAAGGAAGCAGCGGCAGCAGCGCUAGUGAUGAGGACGCGACCGAAGCUGAAGCAGCACCGGCCGGCGCGGAACCGGAAGUCGCCGCGCAGGAGCCUUCGACAUCUCAUGAGACAGUCGCCGCUCCGGCUAGGAAAACCCCUGGUAGCGGAAAAGCGGGAGCUGCAGACACGGAGGCGGCAACCGGCGCUGCAGCCUCCAAGCGGUCCCGUCACCACCAACACAAGAAGAGCAGUACGGGUGCUGUGGCCCAACGAGGCGGUCAGCUGCAGUGGCGCCGCUAUGCUUCCCUCAUUGUUUUGAUCGCUAUUGGACUGGGUCUCCUGCGGCAGCUGAUGUGA